AUGCCCCUCCCCGCCGGCGUCUACCGCGCCGACCACGUCGGCUCCUUCCUCCGCCCCAAACCCAUCCUCGACGCCCGCGAAAAGCUCGACACCCAGUCCAUCACGCUCGACUCCCUCCGCGCCAUCGAAGACGAGCACAUCUCGACCGUGGUCAAGUCCCAGGUCCAAUCCGGCCUCCAGUCCAUCACCGACGGCGAGUUCCGCCGCGCCUGGUUCCACAUCGACUUUCUCCAGCACCUCGCCGGCGUCGAGCGCCACGGCUCCCUCUCCUCCACCAACGUCACCUCCCACGGCGUGACACCCCCCAAGAUUGUCGUCUCGGGCAAGCUAGGCCACCCAAACGCCAUCCAGGUAGAGGACUACAAGUUUGUCGAAAAGGAAGUCGCCAAGGUAUCCGACGGCAAGACAAAGAUCACAACCAAAGUCUGCAUCCCCUCCCCCACCAUGGUCCAUUUCCGUGGUGGUCGCGAGGCGAUCUCUACAGAGGCCUACCCCAACCUCGACCCGGAAUUCUUUGAUGACUUGGUACAAGUCUACCAGGCUGAAAUUGCCGACCUUUACGCUGCUGGAUGUCGGUUUGUCCAGCUGGACGAUACCAACCUCGCGUACCUCUGCGACGAGGGGAUGCGCGCCGAGGCGGCCAAGCGCCACGGUGUGGACGACCCCCAGGCCCUCACGAAGCAGUACGCAAAGUUGAUCAACCGGGCGAUUGCGGGCAGGCCAAAGGAUAUGGUUAUCGGCAUCCACCUCUGCAGGGGUAACUUUCGGUCUCAGUGGUUCGCCGAGGGCGGUUACGAACCCGUCGCGGAGACGCUGUUCAAGGAGCUGGAUGUGGAUGUUUACUUUUUGGAGUAUGACGACCAGAGGUCGGGCGAUUUCCAGCCGUUGAGGUUCUUGCCCGAAGGAAAGAUUGUCGUUUUGGGGGUGAUGAGCAGCAAGAAGGCCGCGUUGGAUGACAAGGAGGAUAUCAAGAGGAGGCUGAAGGAGGCGGCGGGGUAUUGUCCGCAGGGGCUGGACCAGCUUUGCUUGAGUCAUCAGUGUGGGUUUAGCUCGACGGUGGAGGGGAAUGAUCUUACCGAAGAGGAGCAGUGGGCCAAGGUGAGGCUGGAGGUCGAGAUUGCGAAGGAGGUUUGGGGGGAGGAUUUGUCUGUUUAG